AUGUUCCUGAAAGACUUUGGCUGGGUCACUGACAGCGAUAGAAACGAUUCGGUUGACAGGUUUUAUGUGUGGAUUAAUCCUCGGAUUUCAGGUGUAUCCCAUGCCAGGGUGGUGUCUGUGUCCCCUGGCCCUCUGCUCCGUGUGGAGGGCCAACCUGUCUCACUGCGUUGUGAUGUCACUGACUACGAGGGGCCCAGGGAGCAGGAUUUUGAUUGGACCAUGCAGCAGGGGGAGGCGGGGUCUAUCAAUGUAAUCUCCACCUUCGAACCAAAGUACUCUGACGUGUCGCUAAGCGACCGGGUGGCCAGUGGUGACCUGAGCGUGGUGCGGCUGGGGGACAGCGUGGUGGAGCUGAGGAUACGGGAAGUGAGGUCUUCAGACAGCGCCACGUACCUCUGCAGUACACCCAGUACGGACUCUGUCUUCAGCGGGAACUACGACGCAGGGGUGGCGCUCAAAGUCAUUGCUAACACCCUGAAGGUGGCCCCGGAGGCCCCAGAGCCCGUGGUCCCCGAGGGUGGCGACAUCACCCUCUCCUGCAACGUCACCCGCCACUUCACUGAUCCCACCUACCUGUCCGUCACCUGGUCGCUACGGAGACCAGGUAUCCCAUUGGUGGACAUCCUGACCGUUGGCCCAGAUGGGGAUGUGGUCAUAGGAAGUGCUUCCGCCCAGCGCUACGCUGACGGAGGGCUCCGAUUGGCUAUUCGCAGAGAUGGGGCGUUUGGAUUGGUUGUUGCCGGGGUGACGCAGGCUGAUGCAGGGAUGUACGUGUGCACGGGGAGGGAAUGGAUUCACGAGGAAGGGGGUCAGUGGAAGAACAUCGUGGGGAAGACUGUGGAGAUGGGAGCUGUGGCAGUCACACCUACAGCUCGUUCCCUGUCUGUUGUGGCCAAGUCCAACACCACGCUCAACAUGGACGACACCCUGACCCUCACCUGCCUUAUCUCCGCGGGUAACUUGGCCUCCCUGGCCCUGGAGGUCACCUGGCUUGUGGACGGACGCACAGCGGUCAGCCUGGGCCGUGACGGGGUGGUCUCAAACGGGUCCCCCUCGGUGGGGCUGGAGCGGACGGGGCCAGGGGAGUUUAGGCUGGUGGUGAGGGGGGUAAGGGGGUCUGACAAGGGGAUAUACUCCUGUAGGGUCCGGGCCUGGGUCGGAGGAGGAGGACGAUGGUACCAGGCUGCAGAGAAGACCUCCAACCCAGUACAAGUUCUAGUCACACAGAUCAAGCCAAAUUUUGCAGUGACCCUUACCCCCUCGUCGACCCCGCAGGUCACAGGUGACCCCACAGAGCUGGCGUGUCAUGUGACCAACAUCACUCACUUCCUUGCAGGGGGCCGACUGGGCGUGGCCUGGGAGUACACACCACUUCCUGGUCCACCCGGCGACCGCCUGACAACCACACAGACCACCCUCCCUAUUGGUUCCCUGGAUGCCCACGGCAACCUGAAGUCUGGGACGCUGUACCAUGAUAGGUUGGAGUCUGGUGCCAUCGUUCUGACCCGAGUAGAACCGGAUACAUUCAAGCUCCGCUUCCUACGUACACAGGACGUGGACAUGGGGGCGUAUGCGUGCAGUGUGACAGCGUGGACUCCCUCUAGGCAGGGUGGAAUGGAGGAGGCAGCAGAGUUCCUCACCCCCCCUCUGACCGUCCGAUGGGAACCCAAACGUCCGUCUCUAACCGCCGUGGCACAGCGUGUGCGUGAGGCGGUGGCGGGCGGAGCCACUUUUGAGAUGAGCUGUACCAUAUCCCAUGUGCACUUGCAGGACCCGGGCUACUCUGUGCUGGUGCAGACUCAGGACAGUGUGGACUCUGCCACUAGAACUGUCCUCUCUCUCAGUCCUGACUCUGUACUACAACAUGGAGGGGCUACCGACCCUAACCGCAGGGACAGCCUGGUUCUGACUAAGACGGGUCCGGCUGAGUUCCGCUUCCGUCUGGCCGGAGUGCAGCAGGGUGACAGGGGCUUCUACUGGUGUGAUAUCACCGCCUGGACCAAACAACCAGGCCAGGCCUGGACCAAAGCUGUCAGCGCCAAGUCCAACAAGGUCCAGAUCAACUUCCAGGAAACUGGCCCCUCGUUCGCUGUGGCCAUCCGCUCUGACACCACCACUUUGUAUCCCUGGGAGACCGCCAAGAUGGUGUGUGCCCUCAGCAUCUCUGGAGCAUCCCCCAAGUCAGAUGACCUGUCCUACGAGGUACGUUGGUACCUCACGCGGCUGAGAGGGGGGAACAAAGGCACCCUACUGGCCAGCGUGGACCGCUUCGGUCUGGUCAAGAAGGAGGCACGCAACGCCAGCAGUGACGUGUCCCUGGAGCGCACAGACACACACACCUACGCCCUGAACAUCCACGCCACCCAGGACAGCGACAGCGGGGAGUACCACUGCCAGGCCACGCCCUGGUACCUGUCUGCCUCCACAGGGGCCUGGACACACGGGGCAGAACUCACCUCUACCAGGGUGUUCCUCACUGUACGAUUCCCCAUGUGGGACUCUCUGAAGCUGCCUCUGCUGUACGGUUCUGUAGCCUCUGUGUCCGUGGGGCUCUUCUCUCUCCUCCUGGGUUUCAUCUGUGCCCACUGCUGCUGCCGCAACACCACACACACCCCCCGCUCACGCAACAAACUCAUGGACCUGGAGAUGGAUUGACUAGCACAGGCCCGCUGGAGCGACCACCGCUUCUCCAGCUGAUGAACUACGAGCACGCGCACGUUACCGCGCCGGCACAUUACCACGGCAACGGCAGACAAUUGACCAAUCACAGCCCUUCGGUUGCGCUCCGUGGAGCUUUUAAGCGCACCAACGGGAGAGGAGGAGGAGAGACAAUAGGACAUUUACUGUGGCGCUGUAGAGGGGAAAAAAAACACUGAACUGAAUCAACUGCUAAAGAAGAGUGCAGGAUAUCUAGUCUGCCUAUGUGAACGUAUUGAUGUUAGGUAUUGCACAAAACAGCCCUGGAGUAUUCCUACCUUAGUGGACUUUGUCUACGUUUGUCCUCAUCACUAGUUUUUGAAAUGAGACUGCUUUUAAAUGGAGGUGUGUGUGUGUGUGCUAUAUUUGUGUGGUUCGCCACACCUGAGGCUGGGAAAGAGAGCCGCUUUACCCGUUUUGUCCUGCCCUGUUCCUGGUGAGAUGUAAUUUUACUCUUACUCAACAGCAACUAGCCAGGUUCCCUGGUAAAAGUUGAUGACCUCAGAGGCUCUCCUCUAGAGCGAGUGAAAGACACUUAAGGACCCAGAGCUCACCUGCUGUAACCCCCUACACUGACACUGGUGCUACCCCCACUGUGAAGGACAUUGAUGUUAUGUUGGACCUAGGGUUUAUAUGGGGCAGGUUGAGGAGCAAGCUGGCCAAUAAGAGAGUGGAUUAGUGGUGGUGACUGAGAGGAGUGGUAUGAUAUGGACUGACACAGUCAGAGGGAGACAUCGUUUAUAUAGGUAGCAUACUGGAUUAAUGCGUGGAACCAGCUGGAACCUGCAGUGCUCCACACACACUCCCAGCCAAUGCCUGGCUCUAGCUGAAGAGUCCCAAAGUGGCUUCCUCGUCUCCUCUCCUUCAUCUGCACUGAUCAAUAAACACAGGGUGGAUCUAAGCAAUAUAAUAGUUGAAGCCUACCUGUUUCAUUCACAUCAGUGCAGAUGAAGCGAAGAAGACGGGACGAGGAAGCCAGAGCAUGGAGAUACACCCCUGGAAUGCAAUGGAGAAGGAUUAGAGAGAACUGUUAACAAACCCAUUCCUGAAAGCAAUCUCCAUGUCACCUCCCAGUUUAGUAGGGCCCAGUCCCUUAGGGAGUCUUCUUCCCCUGUCUCUGGUACAGUACAAUAGCUGUGUGUCCAUAGAAAUGACUGUUGUGUUUGUAUGGGGCUGGGGCUCUCAGGGCUGUUGUGUGUGUUCCUGGGGUUAGUGGUUGGCCCAGCAGUAUUCUGCCCAUCGACAAAGACCAGCCCUACCCUCUACUAAUUACCCCUACCUAGACCCAGAAGGCCCUUUUAGAAUGGUCCUGUACCUGAUGUCAACUACCACCACUGAAAUGCUACCCUGUCUAUACACACGCUCCAUAUACUGCCAACACUCAACAUA